AUGUAUGUCUAUCGCAACAGCGAUCUGCCGGCUGACCCUCACUUUCCAGCUGACUUGGAGAAGCUCGGAUACACAAUCACCAAAGAUGACAAGAUUCGCCAAAGAACCGACCCGGAAAGCGGGUUCAAGUCCAGGAUCAACCGAAAUGAUCGCUUCAACGUGAAGAACCGAGAGGCAAUGGAUGAAUGUAUUCGCCAGAUCGUCUCGCAACGUUUACAAAAUCUCGGCCUACGACUUUGCCGACUUCCGUUCAAGGACUGCUCACACAUCCUGGAGACACCGAUCGACGAGCCACAUGUUCCGAUCUUGGUGUCUUCAAACAUGCCAAAAGCCGCGCGUGUCACUGUCGUCUUUGGUGAACCCGUGCAGGACCUUGGUAUCUGGGCCUAUCGAUCCGUUGGCGAAGAUGGAAUCAACUUCGGCUCAGCCGUCAACUUCGCCAAGGGGGUUUUAGGGGACUCGGCGGAGACAUCGACCACAGCUUUGGUGAUUGCCAACACGGGUCAAGUUCUGUGGCAUUGUGCCUCGUCUCGUGCAGUUACACAGCGUACCUGGGAGGCAGCCGAUCGACCUGUUGGUCCCUGGGGACCAGCAACCAAAUCCUGGCGUAACGAAAUCCCCGGCAAUAGAGACUGGCGGGAGCACAUUCAGUACACCUUCGAACAUGUCAUUUCACCAUGGCUAGAUCCGAAGAAGUGCGUCGACAUUAUUGGCCUCUCUGAAGGUGGAGAAUACGCACUCGAGUAUCUCCAAAGAAACUGCAAGUACUCUGUUCUACAUGGCAUUUACAUGGACAAAAAUAAAAGGAGUCACAGUCUUACACUCUUACUUUCUAGGGGCUACUUGGAGGCCAUACAUCUCUGGGAUCUGCCUGGGAAUCCACUUCAAUCCACUGCGGUCGAUCUCGACAUGAGCACUUUGACUGAUCCCCAGUCCUUUACUGCAUUUCUCGCCUCUCGUGGCCGUGCGUACGUUCUUUCUUCGAGUUCACUGGGCCAGUUCCAAAAUGGAUUCCGCCAACACGGAUGUAAUUGCUAUGCAUCCGGGGAAGAGCUCAAUACUGAGUGCAUCAUGCCACGUGCAUGGCCAGAUAUGCUGACCUGGCUUGAUAUGCUCUAUGAGAGACCAGAGUACGCGGAACAAGUCAUAAUUAAACCGGAGGACGUUGAUGAGCAAACCCUUGAAGCGCUCGAAAAGACGACGAGCCGUGAUGAGGGAAGCCAGAUGACUGAUUCUAUGGCCAAGUCGCCUGCGCCGAGUGAAGUCAAGGGAUCAUAA